AUGUCUUUACCUCGUCGCAUGCCACAGGGUGCCGGGCACCAGCUCUAUAGCCAGCCCAAGCCCAGACCUACCAUCACCUGGACCGAGGGUGACAUAGCCUUUCUCAUACCAUACUCGGCGAGGCAGAGUGAAUACGACGCUCUCCCCGUCCGCGUGCCGGUGAAGGCUACCUGUCACCCAGUAAUAAUCCUCAAAGCAUGCAGCACCGGUUCGCACUACGUAGUGACGACCAUCUCAGCAUACGGCGUCAGCCCGGACGGCGGCCCGGCGCCCUGGGCCCAGCACGCGCACCGAUUCAAGACGGCGCACGACUUUCGUGUCUUCACCGGCACGGAACCGUACGUCGACGCGAGCGGCCGCCACGAAUCCCGCGCGCCCCUCACCCUCGAGCCCGGCAUGCGGAUGCCCAAGCCGAAGACGAGCUGGGUGUACGCCCGAACAGCAUUCCUGGUCCCGGCCUCGGUGCUGGGCGUAUUCAACAAGUCGCCGACGCAGCUGCGCAUGACGACGGCCAGCCUGGGCGACCUGCGUGCGCACAUGGCGCAGUGCUCGUCGGGCAAGAGUGGAUAUCGGGGUUCGGUCGACGUGAACGGCCGGGUCAACUGUGCGUGUUGUUGUGGUGGCUCGCCGCCGCAGCAACCGCCUGUUGUUCCCGUGCUGGGUCUCGUCAGCCCCGCCCUGGCUGCUGCCGCUGGCGGCUGCGGUGUCAAGUCUGCGCCCGGCCCCAUCCGCCCCAUGCCGCCGGCCAACGCUCCCGCCGGCCCACGAUCUUGGCGCCCACCACCAGCUGCGGUACCUGUUGUGUCCGCUCCAACAACGGUGGUUCAGGCACCGAAAUCGUGGGCUGCGAUAGCCGCGCGAGCAUGA